AUGUCAAAGGAGCUCCCCCGCCACGAACGGCGGCCUUCAUCACCAACGGCGUACAGCACUAGCAGCAGCAGCAGCAGCAGCGCCUCUGGCAGCCCAUUUGAGCAGUGCGACAUGAGCCUGAAGAUGCUCCUCGCCUUUGUAUCCACACGAGUCCUGCGCGGCGGCCCGCGGCUCAUCGUUCAGCUCGUCCUUGCUUUUUGCGGCCUGCUCAUUUUGGGCAAGUUCUUCACAUCACCCACAUCGACAGAUACGAUAUUCGAUUCAGGGUCAAGAUGGAGUUGGUCGCCUUUUGGCAAGAGCGCGGCGGAUGCUGGAUUCGGACCUGGUGGUGUGAGAGUUGUUGCGUUCGGAUCGCCUGAUAUCGCGACGCCGUCGAGUGGAAAGGGAGCCAAGGGCAAGGGGUGGACUGAGGCCCUCUGCGACGAGCUCCGAUGCUCCUCUCACCAAUCCUUCACCCCUUCAAUCAGUCUCCCAGCACAGGCUUUGACAUCUAACCAACAUUAUCGCGACACCAUCGAGAAGGUCCAGCGUGAAAUCGAAGAGUACAAAGCGCCAGGCUUUAACUACGACUUCCUCCUCGAGCAGUUCCCCAUCGCGGACACCGUCGCCGACCUCGCCGCCCAGAUCGACAGGUUCCUCGCCCAACCCCAGACUCGCAACAACAUCCCCAAGGAGACGAUUUGGGUCUUCUCCUUUGGCACCUGGGAUAUCUGGACCCUCGCCUCCCUACCACGAGAGCUCGGCCAGGGUAUAGUAGACCUUGCCGCCCGCGCCCUCUUCGCACAGGUUGAGCGCGUCUACCAAGCCGCCCUCGACAACGACUCCGUUGCCUUCUCCGACUUUUGGGCCUACCAAAAUGCCUCACUCAUCGACAAGCUAAACAACAUGGAUCGCGAAGGCGGCGACGUCGACGAGCGUGAGAUCGAAAACUUCCGCGUCGUCAUCCCGGAACUCUUUGACGUAUCCCUUACCCCCGGCUGGCAUGCCCAGCGCCCCGCGCCCCCGAGUCCCCACACCAAGGCCGAGCAAAUGACCAACGCGGCACACCUCACCGCGCGAUGGAACUCGGAGAUUAAGGGCCGCAUGGAUGAGUGGAUGCGCACCGCCGACCCUCAGCCCGAGAACCCCGAGGAGGAGAGGGGCAAGUUCGGCUACGUGCCCGCCAGCAAGCGCGCCGCAGCUCACUACCGCCGCUCCCGCGCGGAGCAAGGUCUCAAGGCCGCUCCCAAGGGCGAGGCCCUUCGCGUGCCGUUCCCCCGCCGUGUGGCGGCGCAGAUCAAUACGGCCAGCUUCGUCCGCGAGGCCAUCAUCGAGAAGCAGAUGCGCGAGUACGACCUGACAGACAGCACGGGACGGGGCAACAGGACAGAGGAUGGCGACAAUCUCUUCUUCGCUGAGGCGUGGACGCCGUGCAUCUGGGCAAAGACCUCAGAGACGGCUGAGGCUGCGAACGGAGGGUACGCUGCGUGCGAUAAGCCCGAGGAGUACCUCUUCCACUCGCCCUUCACAUUGAGCGAGCGGGCGAUUGCGCACACGGCCAAGAUCGUUGCCGGCGAGGCGAGAAGCAGGCUUGCUUUCGUUGAUGCGGUUGACGAGGCCAAGGAGGGAGAGACGGCGACGGCUAGGGUCAAGAGACAUGAGCCGAGGAGCGAGUUGGGUCACUUCCAGCGUGUCUUGCGUCCGAAUCUCGCGUCGCGCAUCGUCGAGGCCGCGUGCCCGACAUUGGACGUCUGCUAA